ACCAAUCGGAUUUAAGUAACGGUAUUUCAAGGCGGGGUUUCCUUUGCUUUCUUCCGGGACACUGCUGGCUCGAAAAUGGCUUCUCUUGACAGGGUGAAAGUAUUAGUUUUAGGAGAUUCUGGGGGGGGCAAGUCUUCCUUGGUCCAUCUGCUCUGUCAGAACCAGGUCUUGGGAAACCCAUCAUGGACUGUUGGUUGCUCAGUGGAUGUGCGGGUCCAAGAUUAUAAAGAGGGAACCCCAGAGGAGAAAACCUACUACAUUGAACUCUGGGAUGUCGGAGGAUCUGUUGGUAGUGCCAGCAGUAUCAAGAGUACAAGAGCUGUCUUCUACAAUUCAGUAAAUGGAAUAAUAUUGGUGCACGAUUUAACAAAUAAGAAAUCCUCUCAGAAUCUCUACCGAUGGUCGCUAGAGGCACUUAACAGAGAUUCCUCUCCAACGGGAGUCAUAGUUUCAAAUGGCAGUGACUAUGAUCGAGAGCAGUUUGCUGAGAAUCCGGUGCCUUUGCUGCUGAUUGGCACAAAGUUUGACCAGAUCCCAGAGUCCAAACGCAAUGAAGUUCUCACACGGACGGCCUUCUUGUCUGAAGACUUCAAUGCAGAGGAGAUUAACCUUGACUGCACAAACCCAAGAUACCUAGCAGCAGGCACAUCCAACGCUGUGAAGCUUAGCAGGUUCUUUGACAAGGUCAUAGAAAAGAGGUAUUUCACAAGAGAUCCAAGUCAGAUGACAGGUUUCACAGAUAGGAAACGGUUCAACUUCAAAAGUCUGCAUUAUGACUGACAGCAGAGCUCUGGUUUGAUUGUACUGCCUGUGUGCUCUUAUACCACGACUCAACUAUCACACUUAAAGAUAUAAUUGAUGCCCAAAUUUACUGCUCACUGAAAUGUCUUCUGUAUGUAAAUAAAAAAGUAGUCUUUUACUUUUAUGUUAAGAGUAAGAUGUUAUAGACAAAGUAUAUGAUAAUAAAGAAUCUAGAUUAGAAUAUUGCAAAGGUGAUAAAGCAGAAAUACGAAAUGAAGAGAUAUGACUUUGUAAAAAUGAACAUAUGCAAUUGUUACAAAUGAAGUGUAAAAUUUUGUUAUUAAAAUAAAAAUACCAAAUAUUA